CUGUGUUUGCGCGUGUCCAUUCGACUGAGGGGAGGGGGCUCGUUCAUACGUGCGCAAUAACAGUACAAAACCGCAACACCGAGUGCGGUUGUUUAAACUGAGAGUUGUGGGUCAGACCAUUUUCUGCGAGUCGAUCAGAAGCCAACCAGAACGGCAACAGCAGCCAUGAAACUCCACGGUUUUUUGUUCCUCGUGCUGCUCGUCUGCACCACGCUGUGUGUGGCGCAAGGCUCUUUCGGUGACUGCUGCCUGGGCUAUGUGCGGAGGAUGAGAGCGAGCGCAAAGAAGAACGUCGAGAGCUACAGGAUGCAGGAAACAGAUGGCGAUUGCAACAUCAGAGCCGUCGUGUUUGCGGUGAAGGUCCGGUCUGGACGUGAAAACACCCGCACGGUCUGCGCCAACCCAGACCACCUUUGGGUUCAGAGGCUGAAGGAGCUUGUGAGCUUGAGGAUGAGGGCUCAGAAUUAGGAGAGCAACUGGGGAUUUAUGUGACUCAAGAGCCAACGCAGAUUUUGGAAAAGCUCACGGAUCACAUGAGGCGCUUGUAAAUUUGUCGUUUCCUGUCACUGACAAAGAAUGUACAUCACCUUUGCGAAAUGCUUCCAUUUUACGGCGCAGCGGCACACCACGACAAAUUUCAAUGACUUAUCUUUUUAUGUCGCUGUAAUUUUUAAUAGUCUGCAAGCAAUGAGCCAACAUUAUUGGGCAGCUUUGAUUCAUAGACUGGAUGCAUUUUUAGUUGAAAAUGACGUGAGAAAUUGCCAAAGGAUUGCAAGACUUGUAAAAAAAAAAAAAGCAAUUUUCAUGAUUUCUCUCCAAAAUGGUUUACUCGUUAUAUUUAUAUGCACGCCCAGUAUUGUAAACAUUAUAUUUUAAAAUGAUCUGCCUGAUGCGAGUUGUUAUUAUUUACUUAAACGUUUCCCCAUAAGAUCAUCAUGAAUCAUAACAUAUUCAUCAUAUAAUAAUGUAAAAAAAAGUAUCUCUGAAACUUUAAUAUGACUCUGUUCGUGUAAUAAUGCGAUGUCAAAACACUUUUCCCUUCAAAAUAUGACAAUACAGUAUGCAGUAUUUAGAAA